CAGGCUCGGUCGUAUUGAGCUUAACUGGAUUUGACUAGCAAUCAUGCAGAACGCGGUACGCCUGACGAAAAUGUGGGCUCUUUGGAGCCACCUGCAGAUCAUAGGAGACAUGGUAGGUCAUCGGAGGAUGACGCCCAGCGGAAACUAUUACUUGGCAUUCGAAGGGAUACGGUACGCCGAGCCACCCCUCGGUAAAAACAGUUUCAGGAACCCGGUUAGUGAUAAUUAUUUGUACAACCUGAAGCGUAAGGUGUACUGCAUGGACGUAGACCCGAAGGACGGUAAAGUGUUCGGUGAAGAAGACUGCCUAUGCUUAAACAUCUACACUCCUGUGCCUUACGAUUAUAAAAAAAUGCCAGUAUUGAUCUGGAUCGAUGGGAAUCUCGAUCCCUUGGGCAAGAUCAACUACGAACCUGAACGACUCAUGGAUGAAUGGAUGGUGUUCGUGACUAUGAGCUACCGGGUUGGCCCACUAGGGUUUUCAAGCAAGCUGAAUAUGCUUCAUCGAGACAACAUUGGACUUAAGGAUCAGGAGAUGGCUAUCAACUGGGUCAUUACGAAUAUACACAAGUUUGGAGGCGAUCCUAAGAAGAUAACUUUAGGAGGAGAAGGUCUAGGUGCAGCUUUCGCCCUGCACCACCUCAACAAUGCCAUGAAAGAUAAAAUCAAAAGGGGUAUCGCGUUGAGCGGGUCGAGGUUCGCACCAUGGGCUUUCGGGCCGAGGUCAUGGGUAGCAAGUCAGUCCGACAAACUCGGCUACCGGAUUCGCUGUAAAGACUUGGCAUGUUAUAAAAGCAUCAAAGCUAAUAACUUAGUCCACGAAUCGUAUAAAAUGAGAACGGAGCAGUUGGAUCAUGGUAAACUGCUCUAUGAUGGAAUUCUUAUGCAGAGGACGAUGCUCUUGCCAUUCCUACCCGUGGUCGACGGUAAAAUAAUCAAGUACCACCCUUGGGAAAGGCCAAGUGAUGCUAAUUUCAACCUCCUGUUAGGUUUGAAGAAAGACGAGGGAGUAUUCAUGGAUGAAUUCAUCAAUAGGUACAACUGGACUGAUGCCAUAAUCAAGUCAAUUUUCAACAGUCGUGUAGACUAUGAAGUUAUGACUGGAAAGCCAUUCGUUAGGAAAGGUUCCAAGGAACUGGCCAAUUUGUACCAUGAAGAGGAUAGUUUGGAAUCGAAGAACCUGAGGAAUCUUGCGGGAGAUGGUUGGUUUGUCUUUCCAGCCAUGGCCGAGGCCAAAUACCACGUAGGUCCGUUGACCGGGUUCAUGUUCGACAACUUAAACCCCACGGGAUAUCCGCCCUGUUUGAUGCAAUCCAACGUCCCGUUCCUGACGUUCGACUGUCCGUUGCACUUCCGGUACGAACAGGCAGCGUCAAAGAUGACCCGACUCAUAUCGAACUUCGUCUAUCAAAGAGACCUUAGUUUCGAGUUGAAACCUUAUUCCAAAGAUAAGGACGUUUUCAACAUCACACAGGCAUUGCUGGACCCUGCUGGAUUCAAAACCAUCGAUACAGGGAUGUCAAAAAGGAUGGAGAAAUGGAAAUCAUUAAAUAUGUUAAGUUUACAUUAUCAUUAAAAAAGUGUAGAGUUUAA